UUGAAAACACUAAAAACUUAAAUUUAUUUCAUCUAUGGAAGUGCUCGACAAAGUUUAUUCAACAUACAGAGCACGUGGGUUAAAAUGUGCUGCAUGCAAUCUUGGUGCAAACUUCUAUAGUGAUGGUUAUCGCUGCUUUCGUUCUGGAUUCUUCUUUCACGAGGAAUGCGCUGACUCGAAGCAAGAAGUUUUCAACCCAUAUCAUCCCCAACAUACGUUAAAAAUGAAGCUAGUUUCAGAAAUCGAAGAUGUCCAUGGUGAAUGCAAGCUUUGUAGAGGUAAAUUGCCCAAAAUGUAUUAUCAUUGUUUAUUAUGCGAUUUUGCUAUCGAUUUAAUAUGCGCAAGAAAAAGUGUUAUAAAGAAGAUUCAAGAUCCAGAGAACCAUGAGCAUCCUUUAUACCUUGUUCCAGAGAUGACUAUAUUUACUUGUCAUAUAUGUGAACUGCUUGAUGAUCGGUUCCCUUAUGGAUGUCACUUAUGUGAGCUAAGUUUUCACAAAGACUGCGCUGAAUCUCCAACAGAGAUCUUCUACUCUUGUCAUCCUUAUCACCCUCUCAAGCGUCUCACACGUGUUCCAAGUUACACUGAUGGGAAGUGUUGCUUGUGUGGAAGCAAGCUUCAUACGGUAUUUUAUCACUGUUCUAUCUGCAAUUUUAGCGUGGAUCUUGACUGUUCAAAGAGUCCACCCCCUGUCACUCUUUUCGACCUAAAAGCUCAUGGACAUCACCUCACUCUUUUGCCGCAACGAACUUUUCUUUGUAACGCUUGUGGAAUGAGUGAUGAUCCAAAUCCAUAUGUGUGUAUUCUAUGCAAUUUCAUGAUCCAUAGAAGUUGUAUAAACAUACCACACAUCAUAAAAAUAAAUCGUCAUGUUCAUCGUAUCCGCUACUAUCAACGCUUUAAUGCCGGAGAUUGGAAAUGUGGAGUGUGUCAAAAGGAGAUAAUCUGGACAUGUGGAGCCUAUUCUUGUUUGAAAUGUCCUGGUUUAGCAUUUCAUGUGAAAUGUGCCACAAAGUUUGGGAUUUGGGAUGGAACUGAACAUGAAGACCUCAAUGAAGAUACAACAGAUUCAAAAUCAUAUAAAGUGAUCGAAGAAGGAGUUAUAAAGCAUUUUAGUCACGAGAAGCAUACUUUAAAGCUCAAAGAAGCGAGUGAUGCUAAUGAUGAAUGGGUGUGGUGUAACAUGUGUACAUAUCCCAUAUUUUUUAGCUCUUUCUACGAUUGUAUGGAAUGUGAUGAAUUCAUCGUCCAUCAGAAAUGUGCAUAUCUUCCAAAGAUUAUAAAAGACUCCUUCUACAUGUUGCCUUUGACUCUAGUAUCAAAAUUUGAUGCUAUAUAUAUAUGCAGUGCUUGUCACAACUUCUUUCGAGGUUCAGCAUAUAGAAAUGAUGAUAAUCAUGUCUGCCUUGAUGUGCGAUGUGGUUUUAUUUCUGAGCCUUUUGUCCAUGAAAGUCAUCCUCAUUCGUUAUACAUCAAUUACUCAACUGGGGAUAACAAAAACUGUAAUGCUUGUGGAAGUAAGGCAACUACGUUUUUGAGUUGCGAAGAAUGUGAGUUUGCUUUACAUAUCAAAUGUUCUACUUUGCCAAAGAUGGUUAAACACAAAAAUGAUAAAGAUCAUUUGUUAUCUCUAUGUUAUGGAGAAAAGAGGAGUAUGAAGUACUGGUGCGAGGUAUGUGAAGAAGAUCUACACCCUAAUAAAUGGUUUUAUUCAUGUGAUUAUUGUGCUAUCACUUUUCAUAUCAAAUGUACGCUCGGGGAUUUCAUAUGGAUUAAACCAGGAGAGGAUAAGCGCUUCUCUGUGAUUUCUAAUAAUCAUAUAAAUCGGCUGGUUUGUGAUGGGUGUAAAUCUCGAUGCAAAUUCUCGUCUAUCUUAAAGUUCUUUGAAGAAUAUACAUUCUGUUCGGUAAAAUGUUUUAAUAAUUUUUCUGGAAAGAGGUCAUGACUUAUAAAGAUUCAGUUUGCUACAGACUGAUUUAUGUAAAGUGUACUUGCACCAAACUACAUCGUUUCAUAUAUAUAUAC